UCGCCCAUCCCACUACCGCACAAGAGGGUGGAAGGUGUGAGUGAUGGCGAGUCCACCGGGAGCAGCAGCUUGGUCGCUGUUCCGCUCCACGGCGCUGGCCACGGCCUGGUUUCUCGCCCUUGCCGAGCACGUCUUUGACAUCACGGUGGUACGGGACUCAUCGAGUGGCAUCGGCAUCGGCAUCGGCAUCGGCAUCGGCAUCGGCAUCGGCAUCGGCAUCGGCAUCGGCAUCGGCAUCGGCAUCGGCAAUGGCUGCUCCGGCCCAUCAAUGCUGCCCACUUUUAACGUAGAGGGCGAUGUGGUGGUGACCUCACAUCUGGCAGUGACCUUUGGAGACAUCGAGGUGGGAGACAUCGUGGUCUUCAAGUCGCCUUCUGAUCCCAAGAUGCGCAUGUGCAAGCGCUUGCUUGGUCUGCCCGGGGAUGUGGUCAUGGUCGAUCCCACCGUCUCCAGUUCGGUCAUCCGCAUCCCGCCGGGCCACGUGUGGCUGCAGGGCGACAAUCUGGCCAACUCGACAGACUCGCGCUCCAUGGGCCCCGUCCCCAUGGGUCUCCUCGUCGGCAAGAUUGUCUUUAAGCUCCUGCCGUUCGGCGAGGCGGGCUUUGUCAACGCACACACCCUCGAUCACAACGUCCUGUGAGCCUUGAUUGCGGCGGCGCACGCACGCACCCCUCCCGCUCCC